UAUAAAACUAAAGACAGAGAAACUCUAAAUAGUGCAUCUAAGUUCUUUUAUUUCUUGAAAUACUCCUGCGGAAGGACCAACGCCGGGAAAAUGAGUUUACUGGCCAAAAUCGCCGAAAUCGAGAACGAGAUGGCUCGUACUCAGAAGAACAAGGCCACGGCGCAUCACUUGGGCCUGCUGAAGGCUCGACUGGCCAAACUGCGCAGGGAGCUCAUCUGUCCCAAAGGAGGCGGUGGAGGAGGACCUGGAGAAGGCUUCGAUGUUGCAAAGACUGGAGAUGCACGUAUAGGUUUUGUGGGCUUCCCCUCAGUGGGUAAGUCCACUCUGUUGAGUAACCUGGCUGGUGUGUACUCCGAAGUCGCUGCUUACGAGUUCACUACGCUCACCACGGUGCCAGGAGUCAUCCGCUACAAAGGAGCCAAAAUCCAGCUUUUGGAUCUCCCAGGUAUCAUCGAAGGAGCCAAAGACGGUAAAGGAAGAGGACGUCAAGUUAUAGCAGUGGCUCGUACCUGCAAUCUGAUCCUGAUUGUCCUGGAUGUUCUGAAGCCUUUGGGACACAAGAAGCUGAUCGAGCAUGAGCUGGAGGGAUUCGGCAUCCGCCUCAACAAGAAACCUCCCAACAUCGGCUUCAAGAAGAAGGACAAAGGAGGCAUCAACUUCACCACUACUUGUGCACAGAGCGAGCUAGAUGCUGAAACGGUGAAGAGCAUUCUUGCAGAGUAUAAAAUUCACAACGCUGACAUAACACUGAGAAGUGACGUGACUGCCGACGACCUCAUAGACGUAGUGGAGGGAAACAGAGUUUACAUCCCAUGCAUUUAUGUCUUAAACAAAAUCGACCAGAUCUCCAUAGAAGAGCUGGACAUCAUCUACAAAGUCCCUCACUGUGUGCCUAUCUCUGCACACCAUCGCUGGAACUUUGACGAUCUGCUGGAGAAGAUCUGGGAUUAUCUGCACCUCGUACGCAUCUACACCAAACCGAAGGGUCAGCUCCCUGACUACACAGCUCCUGUCGUCCUUCCUGAUGGGCGAACAUCUGUCGAAGACUUCUGCCUGAAAAUCCACAAAAACCUCAUCAAGGAGUUUAAAUAUGCGCUGGUGUGGGGCUCCUCCGUGAAACACAACCCUCAGAAAGUGGGCAAAGACCAUGUGAUGGAGGAUGAGGAUGUCAUUCAGCUGGUCAAGAAGUAAAAACGCAUAGACUGGAAACACUGUGCAUGACCAAGCUGCUCUUUACAGCAAAGUGAGACGGCUUUCAAAGACCAGAGACGUUGUCUGUCAUCGAUGCCGUCAGGAGGCUUUUCGUCAUUUUCUUUUCCCGAUGUCAUCAGAUUCUAUAUGAACGUUAAUGUUGCAUUUAGCCCUACCUAGCACAUGUGUCAAAGCCACACAUGGGUUGAUUGCUAAAAAGGAAAUCAUAUUGUAUCUAUAGGUUUAAAUAAAAGGUUUAAAAAAAUUGAUGAAGUGA